UAUUUUCGAUUUUUGAUUUUCGUUAAAAAAAAAAAAUUAAAAAUUAGAAAACUAAAAACAAAAUACGAUAUCAAACAACUAGUAUCAUUCACAUCUCCAUUGAACAUCACUCACUAAAAAUCGGGUGGUCCGGGUAUAUCCUGUGACCCGAAAGAGGCGGAAACUCGGAAGAUACUAAAAACACAAAAACCCUACUACUAUACGCAAUCUUAAUUUUUUCCAAUUCCCCCAUUUUUGUUUGCUCUCCUCGUCCUACGCAUUCCUUUGACUGCUCUCUCUCUCCUAUGCUUUCCAACGCCCUCUGAUUUUCAAUACAGAGAGUCAGAGAGAGAGACAGAAACAGAAACACACACAAAUCCUCCCCUCAUUUCAUAUUCGUCGACAAUCCUUCUUCUUCAAUCUCUAAUGGCGGCUUCCUUGCAUUUCCAUGGCGUCAAAGCUGCUGUAACUCCCAAAUUCAUCCCUUCUACACCUUUCUUGAAGAACUUAGGUUUCAAUUGUUGUCCCCAACAACUUCAAUUGAUGGGAUGUAAAUCAAUGGCGAUUGCGAAGAACACGAAGACGAAUCAUUCAUUCACAGUUAAUUGUUUGAAGGUGGAGGAAGAGAGACAUACUCAGCAAAGUAAUUUUGACGAGCAGAAGACUUUCACGGUUGUAAUGAAGUUUGGUGGAUCGUCUGUUUCUUCUGCUGACAGAAUGAAGGAGGUUGCUCAGCUUAUUCUCAGUUUUCCUGAAGAAAUUCCUGUUGUUGUUCUUUCUGCCAUGGGAAAGACCACUAGCAAUCUCCUCAAUGCCGGAGAAAAGGCGGUAAGUUGCGGAGCUUCGAAGGCGUCCGACAUCCCGGAACUCAGCCUUAUUAAGGAUCUUCAUUAUAGGACGGUGGCCGAGCUCGGAAUCGAUGUCUCUGUUGUAUCUUCGCAUUUAGAGGAAUUAGAGCAGCUUCUCAAGGGUAUUGCAAUUAUGAAGGAACUCACCCUGCGUACUAAGGAUUAUCUUGUUUCUUUUGGAGAGUGUUUGUCCACCCGGAUUUUCGCCGCUUAUAUGAACAAAAUUGGUGCCAAAGCGCGACAAUAUGAUGCAUUUGAUAUUGGGUUUAUUACAACGGAUGACUUUACCAAUGCGGACAUUUUAGAAGCAACCUAUCCAGCCUUAGCCAAAAGAUUUUAUGAUGAUUGGGCUGCUGAUCCUGCAAUUCCCAUUGUCACUGGUUUCCUUGGAAAGGCUUGCAAGUCUUGUGCUAUCACAACACUGGGCAGGGGUGGCAGUGAUUUAACUGCUACAACCAUCGGCAAAGCACUGGGCUUAAGGGAAAUACAGGUAUGGAAAGAUGUUGAUGGUGUUUUAACUUGUGACCCAACGAUUUAUCCUCAAGCUCAACCUGUACCAUACCUAACGUUUGAUGAGGCAGCUGAGCUUGCUUAUUUUGGGGCACAGGUUUUGCAUCCACAAUCAAUGAGACCUGCUAGGGAGGGGGAUGUUCCUGUCAGAGUGAAAAAUUCAUACAACCCAAAAGCUCCAGGGACACUUAUCAACAGGGCACGUGAUAUGAGUGAGGUUCUACUUACUAGCAUAGUGUUGAAGCGGAAUGUUACCAUGUUGGAUAUAGUUAGUACUCGCAUGCUUGGUCAAUUUGGAUUCCUUGCAAAGGUCUUUUCGAUAUUUGAGGAUUUGGGGAUCUCUGUGGAUGUUGUUGCUACUAGUGAAGUGAGUAUAUCACUGACGUUGGAUCCAUCUAAGCUUUGGAGCAGAGAACUUAUUCAGCAGGCAAGAGAACUUGAUCGUGUAGUAGAGGAGUUGGAAAAUAUCGCAGUUGUUAACUUGCUGCAAAACAGAUCAAUCAUAUCUCUCAUUGGGAAUGUACAAUAUUCGUCUUUAAUUCUAGAAAAGGCUUUUCAUGUUCUUCGAACCAACAAUGUUAAUGUCCAGAUGAUCUCACAAGGGGCUUCUAAGGUCAACAUAUCUUUGAUAGUAAAUGAUAAUGAAGCUGAAAAAUGUGUCAAGGCACUUCAUUAUGCAUUUUUCGAAAGCAACGAUGUUCCUGAAUUGCAUCAAAGUGGUGCAACAAUCGGAAACGGCUCAGUAGUUAGCUUAGAUAACUGAGAUAUUUUGGGCUCAGUUCUGCACACAGCAUUCUGUGUUGAUUCUUUUUUUGGCAUACUCAACUUUUCCAUGAGGGGAAACCCAUAGUCCUUGAGCUGCAGUUGUCAACGGACUCAUUGUUUAUGAUCCAAGGGAAAUUUUCUAUAUGUACUUUUUAUUUGAAGUUGUGCUUUUUGAUGGUGUGCAAGCUGUUGUAUUGUAUUAGUAGUUACUUAGAACUUCAUUGUUGUCGCAGCCCAAAGGAAGUAUUCUUUUGUGGCUCUUUAUGCUGUUAUGGUAAUUCUUGUCGAUUAUGCGUUACAAAGUAUUUUUUUUAAAAAA